CCAUAGUGAUUUGCCUGUAUUGAUUGACUUAUGGGCAGAGUGGUGUGGUCCUUGUAAAAUGAUGGCACCGCAUUUUGCUGAAGUGGCGAAACAAAAUCCACAAGUGAUUUUUGCCAAAAUUAAUACCGAAGCGUCUCCGCGCUUGAGCAGUGCGUUUAACGUACGCAGCAUUCCGACCCUAAAUAAGCGGUGCGCUUCGUGCGCCACAAUUGCAACAAUGGUUAGAUCAACAGUUGCAAGCCCAGUCAUAACGAAAAUUGGAGUCAACGUGUCAGAGAUUCAUGUGAAACCAGAAGGGAUGUUGUCUCUUCAGACAAUUGCAAUGCCAGCCGAUACCAACUGGAGUGGAGAUGUUUUUGGUGGUUGGAUUGUGUCACAAAUGGAUUUGGCGGGUGCAAUUCACGCAGAGCGUUUUAGUAAGGGACGCUGUGCAACGAUUUCAAUUAAUCAGAUGACGUUCUUAGUCCCAGUGAAAGUCGGCGAUGUCAUCAGUUGUUAUACCAAACUGUUAAAAGUGGGCAAUACGUCUAUUCAGAUGGAAAUUGAAGUGUGGGAUAGCCAUGACAGUUCACGUCCGCCUGUACGUGUGACUGAAGGUGUAUUUACCUUUGUGGCAGUGGAUGUCAAAGGCAAUAAGCGCCAAAUUCCAACUGAUGUGAAAGAGAAAUUUUUUGCCAAUCAAGCUAAU